GUCGGCUCCGCCUCCCCGCGUCCCUCCGAGUCGGAGCCAGAGCCAAAGCCGGGCCCUCCAUCGCGGGGGACGCCCUGGGAGGAUGCGGCGCCCACGAAGGCAGUCAGGCAGCCCGCCCCCUCCCCUCCCCUCCCCUCCCUUCGUGAUGGAGCGCUUGGGCCAGGGAGGAGGGGAAGGAGGAGGAGGAGGAGGGCGAGCGAGGCGAGGCGAAGCGGCUGCCCGCUGAAAGGCUAGGGCUGGCGAAGGGGUGGGCUGCGAGCGCGACGCUAGUGCCGGCCCCGCUCCCCUCCGCCUCCAAACGCGGGCUUCAGCACCAAGGAGAGCGCCCAACCCGCCGCUGAGCCCCCCUCCCCGGCAAUAGCAGCAGCAGCAGCAGCAUUAGAACGCAGCAUUAGAACGCGUCGCUGCUUCCAUCUUCUCGGCUCCCGCUCGCCUCCUUCAGCACCAGGGACAGCGCCUCCAGGACGGAUCCUCGGGAAACCCCCCGCCUGCGCCUCCUCCUCCUCCUCCUCCUCCUCCUCCUGGAUCCGCUUCGGAUCAGCGCCCAGGCUGGCACGACAUGGCAACCGAGGUCCACAAUCUCCAAGAACUACGGCGGAGUGCUUCUUUGGCCACCAAGGUCUUUGUACAACGGGAUUACAGUGAUGGGACCAUCUGCCAGUUCCAAACCAAAUUUCCCCCAGAGCUGGACAGUCGGAUUGAACGGCACCUUUUUGAGGAUACAGUAAAGACCCUCAACAACUUUUACGCAGAAGCUGAGAAAAUUGGAGGCAGCUCUUAUCUGGAGGGAUGCCUGGCCUGUGCGACAGCCUAUUUCAUCUUCCUUUGCAUGGAAACCCAUUAUGAAAAGGUAUUGAAGAAGAUUUCCAAGUAUAUCCAAGAGCAGAAUGAGAAAAUUUAUGCUCCACGAGGGUUACUGCUGACAGACCCAGUGGAACGAGGCAUGCGAGUUAUCGAGAUCUCCAUCUAUGAGGACCGUUGCAGCAGUUCCAGUUCAGGAAGCUCCAGCAGCGCCAGCAGCAGUGCUGGGGGUGGAGGCGGGGGAGCCGGGGGUCGGUGACUGGCACAGAGUCCCGGCAGGGACUUGUACUGCCGGGACGAUGGUGUCUCCGAGAUCCGUCGACUGCGUUAUCAGAGCACCCGCUUCUGAUCAACCCCGGGGUGG